AGUUAUUCUUCGUCUAUGCCUUUUUCACUGCAAAAACCCUAAACCCUUCUCUCUCUCUCUCUCUCUAAGUCUCUAUCCCCCCAAUCCUAAACCCUAAAUUUAGCAAGCAUGCUAAACUCUUCCCUCCACUAACCAAAAGGUUCAAAUCCUAUUACCUGGCUCUCUCUUUCUCUCAAUGUUAACUACUAUUUCAAGGAUGAAGUGUCUAAUGUCCCCACCAUUUUCACCCAUUGCCAAGGCCGCACCUUCUGCCCUUUUCUUCUGUUUAUCCUCUAAAUCCAAAUUUCUUUCAUAUCCCACUACUCUCACAAGUCCCAUUUCUCUACUCGUUAAACCUCUUGCUAUCCCUUCACUUUUUCCAAUUCAUAAUCGCUAUAUCCAUUCCAAUUCCAAGGCCUCUCUCUCCUCAGGUGAGAUUCACGUUAUAGUGGGCCCCAUGUUCGCCGGAAAAACUACCACACUUCUCCGUCGUAUCCAGUCCGAAAGCAGCGAUGGCAGAAAAGUAGCAGUUAUAAAAUCAAACAGGGAUACAAGAUACGGUUUGGAUUCAAUAGUGACACAUGAUGGGGUGAAACUGCCGUGUAUGGCACUGCCUAAUUUGUCAUCGUUUAGACAAAAAUUUGGUGCUGAUGCAUACGAGCAGCUGGAUGUGAUUGGUAUUGAUGAAGCACAAUUUUUUGAAGACCUAUAUGAUUUCUGCUGUGAAGCUGCUGAUCAUGAUGGAAAAACUUUAAUAGUUGCUGGUCUAGAUGGUGACUAUUUGAGGAGGAGUUUUGGUUCUGUACUCGAUAUAAUUCCACUUGCCGAUUCUGUAACUAAGUUAACUGCACGGUGUGAACUUUGUGGAAAACGUGCUUUCUUUACCUUGAGAAAGACAGAGGAGACUAGGAUAGAACUCAUUGGUGGAGCUGAUGUCUACAUGCCUGUAUGUCGACACCACUAUGUCAGUGGACAAGUAGUAGUUGAAGCUUCAAGAAUUUUACUAGAAUCUCAGAAGGCUGAAUGUGGCCUCCAUGUGCCUGCAAUCGCUGAAUGUUAAAUGAUGUUAAAAACUGUUGAUUAUCUACAUUUACCAUCGUAAGAUUGUAGCACACUUGAUUGCUUUCCACGACAGCGGAAGGGGGAGAAUCAGGGAGCAUCGAUUGUCUGAUUUCAUGUAACAUUGUGCAAAAUAGAAAGUGUGUGCACAUUGGAUUGAUCCGUAAUUAAAAUGAUUUGAUGGUCUAGUGAA